AUGUUUUAGGUUUAACUAGGUCAUAUAGAUUCUCAUUUUCCUGAAAUUGUCAAGGAAAUAUUUAUACUAGAUGGAAAAAGCUAGGAAAUAAGAUGCUAUAUAGUUCUACAAAUUAUUCCAGGCUACAAUUUAAAAUGGAUGUUUGAGGAAAAAAUAACAAACUUGAAUAGAGAGACCAAACUAAGAGUGACACCAAGUGAGACUAUAUUUACUCAAGAGAAGUAUUUGUAUUUGUUUUAUUUGGCAAUUGAGUAUAUUUAUAACAUAGAGUUGAAUUAAAUCUAUCAUGGUAACUUAUCUGAAACUUGCAUUUUGAUUAAGGAUGAUUUUGAAAUUGUGGUUGAUGGUUAUGAUUUAAGCAUUAUUUAUAAUCCUCAAUAGGAUAAUUUGAAAUACCAUUUGAAGGGCUUAAACCAAACAAAUACGCCCUAAUAGGCUAUUGGUUAAAUAUUCAACAAUUCAUUUGCUUUUAAAUUUGAACAGGCUUCAUCUUUAGCUCCAAUCUCAAGAAUACUCCAUUUAUAGCACAAUUAUAGAUAAUAGGAGCUUUCAAAGGUUGACAAAGAGUUGUAUUUCAUAGAAAAUGAUAUCAAUAAAAAUCCAGAAUACUUAACAAAUUAUUGGAUGGGAAGAUAUUAUGAAGUAAAAGCAAAAAGGGCUUACGAGAUGAAAUUUGAUUCAGCAAUAGAUGAUUUUAAGAUAGCUAAAAGUCUUUGUAAAAAUCAAAUUACAAUGAGAGAUAUGUUGAGACUUACAGCAAAAAUACAUAUUUAUAAUAAUCGAACCAAAAAUGCUCUAAAUGAUAUGUUUAAAGAGUUAUUUAUUAACAAAACAUAGUUUGGAGAUUUGAGUUUAGAGGUCAUUCAGAAUUAUUUCAACAUUUCUAAGUACUAUCUGAAAUAGAAUGAUGGUGGAGAAGCCGAUCUAUAUUUUCAAUAGAUAGUUGCUAUUUUAAAGUAAAGAGUAAAACUACUAAAAAAUUCUAAAACUUUUUAAUCAUUAGAGGAAAAGGAUGAUUUCAUAAUUGAUUAUUACACUCUAUUUGAAGAUUAAGGAAAAUUAUUUGAUGAAAUUUUUAAUCUUAUGAUUGGUCAUAAGGAUUAUAUAAUGGCAAAAAAUUUAAUGAGUGAUGUAAUUUAGAUAAAAGAUUUUCUUAUUGAGCAAGGAGAAUAAGAUGAUGAUUAAAAAUUGGAAUAGGAUAGAUAUUAAAUUGGUUUAUUUAAAUUGAGAUUAAGUACAGCUCUUUAUCAUUUAUAAGAAAUAGAUUAAUCAUAUAAUACACUUAUAGAGAGCUCUGAAAAUAUAUUAUUGACUGAUGAAAAUUCAGAAUUAAUGAUUUAGUUUACGUUGAUUAAAGCCAAGAAUUAUUACUUUUAAGCCUUGAUAUAGCAUGAUUGGUUUGAUUUAUAAGAAGCAUAGUCCCUUCUAAAUCAGGUCCUCUAUACCCUAGAAAACUUAAAUUGGUAAAUGGAGGAAGUGCUUUUGAUAUAGAUUGAUAGCUAUGACCUUUUAGGGAAAAUUGCUGAGAAUUAAUAAAGCUAUAAAGUAAUGUAAGAGAAUCUAGAAUUAAAGAUGUAGAAGCAAAUGAUUCUAUACGCUAAGAAUUAGUUUUGUCAGUAAGUGCUAAACACUUACUUGCAAAUUGCUGAUUGCUAUUCAUUAAACAAAGAUUUUCACAAGUCUAUUAAGCUGCUUAGAAGUUUAAUAAAGUUUAAUGUAAUAAUUCAUUAGUAGUCAAAGCAUCCAGGAAAACUGCUAAACUAUGAUCUUGAAGAUACAAUUUAUGAGAAAAUUGUGAUAAAUUUCGAUCAUCUCAAAGAAUAUCACAAAGCAAUUAAAGUUUUGGAUAGUUAAUUAGCUUCUGAAAGAUUGAAAGGGAGAUAUGAUCAUAAUAUAGAUAAGGUGAUUAAGCUAAACUUUAAGAAGGUAGAAUUCAAAGUGAAAUUAGAUGAUUAUGAUGAUGCAUACGACAUUCUUUAUGGAUUAAUCGAUUAUGUUGAAAAUGAAGAAGAUUUCUAAUUAGAAAGAAUAAGAAUCUAAAUUGAGUUAGGAGAUUUAAUGGAGUUAGAGAAAUAAUAUUCAGAUGCUUAUCAUCAAUACAAGAUUACAUUAAAAGAGCUUUCAGAAAUUACUGCUACAGUCAAUAACAAAAAGCAAAUAGAAGCAUUAAAGAAGGAUUUAAAAUCGAAGCUGCGUAUUUGA